AUGUCAAACAGAAAGGACCACGGGCUCAAGGAGCAUGGGCUGUCGGAUGAUGCCGUGGAAGCUGGACAUGACUUCAUCCAUGAGGCUGAGAUCGAGGAGGAGAGGAGACACAGCGGUGACGCGAACACGAUGUCUUCAAUGGCCGCCGCUGCGGAACAGAAGAUCAAGAAAAAGGUCGGCCUAGAAGGAGCGCCGCUGGGCAACCUCACUGGGUCGGACAAAGCGGGCAAAAAAGCGUAA